GUUAGAACCUGUUUGUGUCGGCAGAAAAAUAGCCCACUGCUUUACAUGACCUAGAUAGCUCACCUCGUUUUCCCCAGAAAAAAAAGGUCUCCCAUUCAAGUAAGUAACGAACACAUUCGGAACGGUGCAUUGAGACAUUUUUAAUUUUUUUUUCCGGGAAAAUUAAUUAAUUUUAGGAUUGGGAAGACAAUGAUGAAAAAGAGGUCCAAUGUGUAUGGUGGUGGUAGAAUGAUGAGCGGGAGCUCCACAACGACGUCGUCGUUGACGUCGAGGGACGAGGAAAUUGAGUGGGAAAUGAGACCUGGGGGUAUGUUGGUGCAGAAAAGAAUCGGCAAUCCCCAGGUUUCAUCUCCCAUCCUGCGGCUUCGGAUCGCUUUCGGUGUGCUGCGGUACGAGAUCUCGAUCAACUCUCGAGCCACCUUCGGGGAGGUGAAGAAGCUUCUGACGGCGGAGAGUGGUCUACAGCCAGGAGAGCAAAAGCUAAUUUUCCGAGGCAAAGAGCGAGAAAAUGGAGAGUAUUUGGACAUUUGCGGGGUUAAAGACCGAUCGAAACUCAACUUGAUCGAGGACCCUUGUAGCAUCGAGAGGAGAUUCAUCGAGAUGCGAAGGAACGCCAAAAUCCAGACUGCACAGCGCACCAUCUCGGACGUCUCCAUGGAAAUCGAUAAGCUGGCGGAGCAGGUCUCUGCAAUUGAAAAAUCAAUCUCAAACGGUGUCAAGGUAUCCGAGGUUCAGAUCACUACAUUAAUAGAGAUGCUAAUGAGACAAGCAAUCAAAUUGGAUGGCAUUCCUGCAGAAGGAGAGGCUUCUGCUCUGAAGAAUUUACAGGGUAAGAGAGUCCAGAAGUGUGUUGAAACCCUUGAUGUGCUGAAGAUAUCAAAUGCAAAAGUGAAGCCUGUUGUUGUGACAACUAAGUGGGAAACCUUCGAUCCUCCACCGACCACAGCCCAUUGGGAAUUUUUCGAUUGACCUUCUCUUCCUACUGCCCUCCUCAUUUUUAUGUUCUCUGUUCAUUCGUCUUCCGCAAAGCUGGAGAGGAACAAAGGUCAAAGCGAGCUUAGCCUCUUUGUACGUGUGGCGCACCCUUCCUCCACGACACAUCCCAAUAACUAGUGAAAGAUAGAUGAUCAUUGUUGGCAUGGCUUUGUUAUUGGAAGUCUGUUGGACAGCUUUCCACCUACAUAAAGCCAUGUUGCUCAUUUUACGCGGUUAAGUUAAGCAGUGAUUUUGAAGAUGACCAGGAUAAUGUUGCUUACUGGUAUUCUGUUUCUUGCACACAGUUGCUUCUUGCUUGUAUAUGAAAAGCUCAUUCUGUAGAGACAUAUAAAAUCUUAGUUGCUACUGGUCCAUAGGUUUUGUUUUCUUGGUAGUAGGUUCCCCUCAUAAUUUUUAUUGGCUAAUAAGACAUCCACAAAGUACAAACUAUAAAUGGCAGGGUGUUAUAAAGCUCUCUGAUAGUGGACUUGACUGUGGAGGUGUAUAUUACUUCAUGGUUUUUUUUUUUUUUUUUGGUAUGGUAAUGGUAUAUUGAUUCAUGUUGAA